AGCGUCCUUGUAGAGACACAAGAUAAAGCAUUAAGAAGAAUAUCGGAAUUAAAAGAACAAUGUUCGCUGGAGCAGAGUGCUAAGGCACAUUUAGAAAAGGCGCUACGUGUUGAAAUCGAAGAGAAAAUUAUGAAAAUCGAUGCAUUGAACACGAAAGUUAAAAUUUUACAAAAUAACAUUGAUAUAAGUGAUGAUACAAGUAAAACUGAUAAGCUAAACAAGGAGGGCACAAAAGAUAAUGAUGUGCAAUUAAUUAAUCUGUCCAUUGAUAAUGAAUCCAAAGCGUCAAGUGAUGAAUCAUCUACAACUGAGAUUACCAACUUAAACAACAAAAUGGAAAAAUUGGAACAAUUAUUAAACAAAUACAAAGAAUCCCUUAAGAACAGCAAGCAAAAAAAUUCACAACUUGCGGCUGAAUUACAAAUACUGUCCAACGAACUUGAAAAUAAAAAUAAAGAAGUCGAACAGUUUCAGACGACAUCCAAACAGUUGGAAGAAGCAAUUCAAAAGAUACAAGAUUUAAGCAACGAAAACGAAGAUCUUCAGAACAAAAUCAACACUUAUGAUUUUGCUAAAACCAAAGAAACGUCCACCUUAGAAAUGGACUUACAAAGAGCUAAAGAAGAAAUAGCACAAUUGCAAAGUAAAAUAGAAGUGUUCGGCAAAAGAGAAGAGGAAUAUGCUAUAUCACUAGCAGAAAAUAAGUUGAGCAUACACAAGGAAUUAGAGAACAAGGAAGCUGAAAUUAAAUCCCUUAAGGAUAAUUUAUCUUCUACUCAAAAAGAAAUACAGUCAUUAAAUAUUGUAAUUAAUGAUUAUAAGAUCAAUCUGUUAUCAUUAGAAGAAGAACGAUCAAAACUCCUGAAUGAAAACAAUGAAUAUAAUACAACUAAAUCAAAAAUAAUUGAUUUAGAAUCACAAUUGCAGGAACUUAACAAAAAAUACCAAUUACAAGAACAAAUAAAAACUAAAGCAGAUGAGGAAUACAAAUGUCUUCAACUUCAACUGAAACAAGAAACCGCAGAAAAGUUGGCGAUGAUUGACAGAAAUGGUUACUUAGAAAAUAAAAAUAAGCAUCUAAGUGAAGAAAACGCGAAAAAAAGUUCGCAAAUAAGCUCCUUAGAAAAUGAACUGCAGUUACUUAAAAACACUAAUCACAACGUUAAUAUAGACGAUAUUGAAAUUAAGAAGCAAGAGAUGACCGAAGAAUUAGAAAUAUGGAAAUCCAAAUGUAAACAACUUGAAUCAGAAAUUCAAGAAGAAAGAGAAGAACUAAUAAAAUUGCAAUCAGAAAUCGAAAAGCUUCUUGCCAACGAUGAAUUUAUUCAGAACCAAAAUAUUGAAUUGCGUGAAACACUUUCUAAUUUAAAAAUAGCAAAUGCUGCAUUACAGGAUCAAGUUACUGUUAAUGAUAGAUUAAAAAUAAGUUUAAAAAAUGUUGCCUCAAUAGUCUCUGGACUACACAAUAAUAUUAAUGUUACUUCUACAGAAGCUGUCUUACUCAAGAAUCAAUUCAAUAGCAUGUUUUUGGAUAUUGAAAAAGAUAUCAAAGAUAUUCUAAGUAAUUUUAGUAACAAAGAAUUUGAGUUCAUAAACAACCAAUAUGAAUCUUUAAAAAUAGUUAAUAAUACGUUACAACAAGAGUUACAGAAUGAGUCUGAACACAACUCACGGAACACUAAAACGAUCGCCUCAUUACAAGACGAAAUUAACAAAUUAAAAGAUGACAUUUUAAAAAUUGAUUUGGAAAAAGAUUCUGUUAAUGAAAGUAAAAAGAAUGUUGAUAAACUUUACGAAGCCGCUUUAAAUGACAUUGAAUUAUUAAAAUAUGAACAAAAAGACUUGGUUUCUAAAAUUCAAGAAAAUGCAAAUAAAUCCAAAAUCCUUGAAUUUGCUUUAGAUGAAGAAAAAGCACAUGCCUUAUCUGUAAUUGAAAAUAUUACUGUGCUAAAUAAUGAAAAGAAGAACUUGGAAGAAAAACUUAACACAAUUGAGAGUAAAAACAAAUGUUUCACUGAAGAAAUAGAAAACUUGAAAAAGGAAUUGGAUGCCAAUUUUGAUAAAUUAGUGAUUAUAACAAAAGAAAAUAAGGAGCUUAAGGAAAAAUCAAUAAUUGCUGAGGAUAAAAAUAAACAUUACUCUGAAGAAAUAGAAAAGUUGAAAAACGAUCUAGAUGAUAGUAUUGAGAAAUAUACCACUAUAGCAAAAGAAAAUAAGAAGCUUAAAGAAAAAUCUGAAGAACUAGACCGUACAAUAUUACAUGUUGAUAAACUACAGGAUAAUAUUAAAUCUUUGUCUGAAGAAAACAAUUCAUUAAAAAAACAAAUAGAAAAGAUUGCUGCCAAUAUAAAAGAUCAAGAGGCAGAAAUUAUUGAAUUAAGAAAAUCUCAUGGAGACAUUGAAAAUGAAAAAGAUCGCCUUAGUGCUAUUAUAGAAAAACUAGAAUCUACAGAAAACAGAAAAUCUUUCGUCGACGCAUGUGUACAACAUACUCAACCUAAAGAAAUUAUCGAUACAAAUGAGAGAAAUCAAAGAAUGGUUUCCUCAUUAUUAUCACAAGAUAACAAUGGAGAAAACGAAAAUGAGAUAAACGAUAAUAUUACACCUGAAAUAUACAUAACAUUAAAAAAUAAGUAUGAUGAAUUAAGAGACGAAAACAGACGACUUCAAUCGGAUGUUGAAGGACUUCAAAAAUAUUUGACAAAAAUAUCAAAGGAGAAUAGUGUCUUAAACGAUAAACUAAGAGAGUUUAUUGCUAGUAGUGAAUACUCAACAGAAAAUGAUAUUUCAAAUGAUAUCGCAAAUCUAAGAAAUGAAGUCCAAACAAGCAGAGACAAAAUUGACAAUUUGCUGCGUGAAAAUAGUCUCUUAAUAGAAGAAAAUUAUGAACUAAAAGAUCAGUUACAAUCCCAAAACUAUUCUAGUGCGACUGAAACUAAAACUAUUAAUAACAAUGACAAUGAUCUGGAGUUAUCUAAUAUUAAAGAAAAGUACAAGAAUUUAGUUCAGACUAAUACUAAGGCUGAACAAAAAUUGUUAGAAUCAGAACAGUUAAACAGAUCAUUAACUUCAAACAUGCAACAAACACAAGACAAAUAUGAAAAAUUAAAAAUGAUUAAUGAAAAGUUAGAAAGAAAAUUAGAUGAAGCUUUAGUAAGUUUAAGGCACUUGCAUUCCUUGCAAGAAAAUACAGAGUUGGAAUAUUUAAGAAAUAUUCUUUAUGAAUAUCUUACUGGUUCUGGGAUGCAUUCCAUUACAUUAGCUAAAGUGUUAUCAGCAAUAGUUAAAUUUGAUGACUCACAAACUCAACUUGUGCUUCAAAAAGAAAAGGAACGCCAAGGCUUUUUGCGGCAGCUGGGUUUGAUAUGAUAUAGAUUAUUACAAGAACAUAAUAAUCUAAUCACCUUGUGACGUAGGCAUAUUUAGCGAAGCAAUUUAUUAUUGUAAAUUUGGAAGAUUUAAUUAUUUUAUUUGUAAAUUGUUGUGUAUAAAUUAUGUUUAUAAUAUACUUUAAUUCAUAUUCUUCACUA